CCCGGCGAUUCCAUCUCGACACACGACCCAACCUUCAUCCCGAUCGCCAACGAUCCUUCGCAAACGAGCGUAAUCUGCACGCGCGUGAAAAAAAAAGAGAGAGGGAAGACAGAUACUGAGGGACAGAACUCCCCCCGCGUUAAUUUCGUUCUCCGAUCGAUCGCGCUGAUCGAUAGUUUGCGCGAACCGGUGAGAGGGACAAGAGCAAGAGAAGCCGAAGAAGAGCAAAGGAAGCCCGUGCCCGACGCCAACUCGCCUGACAAAAGUUACAGUCGCUUGCGGAGAAGAGAAAAAAACAUAUCACGAUGAUAAAGUUUGCCGUAAUUACAAUGGUGUGCCUCUUGGGGCUGAAGAUGGUUGCGAGCAUGCCGGUGGCCGAUCAUCAAGCGGGCCACGAGCCGCUGCCGGUCGCGCCGGUCGAGGAGAAGAUCCCGGCGGAGACUGCUCUGAAAGCGGCGGAUGCUCCGCAGAGCAACGCACCUGCAGAAUCCGAGGAGCCGAUUAAGCCGACCGAGCCGUCCGCCGCGGCCAACCAUGCGCCUGCCAGGAGCUCCGAGGAGGUCGAGCUAAUCGAGCCGAAGAAAGACGAGCCAGAGCUGCCGAAAGCGGCAGUCAAAGAAGUCCAGAUACAGCCCAAGUCAUCCGAAGAGCAAAUCGAUUCCGUGGAAAAAGAGGAGCCGAAGGUGUUGGCCGCCGAGGCCGAAAAGAAGCAGGAACAGGAGCCCUUGAACCAGGCCGCUUCCGAGGCCAAUGAGUCGGUGCAGCCGGCGCCGCAGCCGGCCGAGAUUCCAGCCGAGAAGAAUCCAGAGGAACAACCAGUUGCCGAAGGCAAGAGCGCGGAACCGGCGGCGGAACCCGCGACCGAGAAGCCUGUUAUUGCCAUCGAGAAACGCGCCGAUGACGCCGUCGCCGAGAACAUCGCCAAGGAAGAACCGAAGGAGGAAAAAAAAUUAGAAGAACCUUUGGCAACCCCGUCAGCCCCGAAGAAAGAGGAGCCUGAAAUUCCCGCGACCGCUGCCAGUGAGGAGAAGAAGAGCGAGCCCGAACAGCUGAAGGAGUCCAAAUCCGCAGACGCUAAGGUCGAGGAGAAGCCUGACCGCGUAACUCGCGAAACCGUCGGACUUGCCAACGUUCCGGCCGCCCCGGUCGCCGCUGCCCCCGCUGUUCCGGCCGCCCCCGCUGCCCAGGAAUCAGCCCAGCCGCUUGAGAAAUCCGAACCCGUUGAGACCGAACAGAUCGGAGCGGAUGCGACCUCAUCCGAAGAACAAAAACUCGCCAAGAGCGAGCAACUAGAGACGGCACCCGUCGAACAACCGGCUGUCAAAGCUCAAGAACCGAGUGAGGAAAAAAUAAUCAAGGAGAAGGAGCCUGAGAAAGAAGCGAAGAGUGCCGAGAUUCCCAUCCAGGAAGUGAAGGACGAACAGCAGCCGGCACAGUCUCAGGAGUCCAGCCAAAUCAAGCGAGACGCAGCGGAGACAGUUCUCGAACAACCUCAGGCCAAAUCGGAGCUUCCACUCGCUGAGAAGUCGCAACCGGAGCAGCAGCCUGCUGCUCAACAGCCUGCUCAACAGCCAGCUCAGCUGGAAGGCGCUAAAGAGUUGAAAGAGCGUUCCAACGAAUCUUCCGAGGAAAAUCACAGUGAGGAAAGCAAGGAGACCAAGAAGGAAAGCGAGGAGUCCUCCGAGGAUCAGGACGCCAAGUCCAAGUUGGCGGAAUUGCUCCCGAAGCCCGAGCAAUAAAUUUUGGCGCGAGGAGGGAUUUGAUUGACGAGUAACCUCAGCAGCGCGGCAGCAAUAGAAGCAGCAGCAGUACCAUCUCGAGAAAGAGGGGGACUGCUCCUCUUAAGGAUCGGGUCGAGCUCAUGCAUCGGCGUCUCCUCGAGACGCAUGCACGAGUUUGCCGCGAUACGACAAACGAAAGCAAGCGAUAAAGUGUAUGUGUGUGUGUCUGUAAGCGAGCAAGAAUGCAAACGUCGGAAUGUCAGAAUAAGAAGCGUAACGAUGAGCCCGGAAAAUGUGAAAGUAUGAAUGAAAGAGAGAGAAAGCGCGAAAGAACGACCCCAUCGAUCCAAUCAAUCUUUCUAGGGUAGGGUUGUCCGAUUUUCACGGCGCACUACGAUCUCGGUAGCGCAUCUCCGGGGGGCGCGGGGACGAUCGCGUGUUAUCUGGAUACCGUCGACGGCAUCAUCCCCACGGACGAAUGACACUCGUAUCGAUUAUUAUUUCAUCGAUAUACACGUAACCGACGCUCGAUCUCGCGGUGAUCCCGACGGUGGUGAUGGAGAACACCCGAUGAUCCCCCUCCCCCUCGCCCCAUCCCGGAAUGUCGCUCGGCCUUAGCACCGAGUGGCGUUCCCGUUCGUCCUGGUGGACACCGCGAUCUGUCCGCGAGGACGAACCCAGGGUCCCCUCCCGAUCGAUAUCUCUCAUCCCUCCCCCUAUGGAAUCCCCCUAUAUCCCAUCUGAAAAUGACACGCACUUCUACACAUCCCCAUUCCGAUAAACUAUAUAGUAAGUAGCUCGACUCUGUCUUCUUUUAGAGAUAUUACAUAUGUCAUUAUUAUUAUUAUUAUUAUUAUUAUUAUUAUUAUUACGAUUUAGUACCAAUACCACUAUUAUUAUUAAUAUUAUUAUUUGUAUUAUUGCUAUCACAUCAUCGUUAUAAUAAUAAUUAUUACUAUGAAA